AUGAAGGUUGUGCAGCCAGUCUUACUUGUCACUGACUUGAGCCCGGGUUACUGGCAUUCUGAGUUCCACAUUGAUUUAGUACCAUCUCUGCAAUGGCAUAUCUCAAUGGAUACACCUGUUAAUGCCAACGACACUGGGACUGAUUUAACUACUGAGUUGCUUAAGAAGCCUACUGGAAGAUCAAAUGUUGGAGGUCUAAAUAGCCACACCAAAGCAUUUGCUUUACAAGGUUUAGAAGCUAUGCCAUUUUACCUCUUGGUCUAUGUUCAGAAGGUUACAUCAUUUUCUUGCACCCUGGCAAAGCAUUGGAACUCUUCAACUCUGGAAACCAAACAUGUACAACUUCAUCUAGAGAAAAACUACAAAUUGACCAUUCCAAGGUACUCUAGCGAAGAAGGCAAAUGCCCCCCCAGAGCAUUGGGUAGAAAAGGAUAA